GAGAACCGCCUGGCUGAGCGGCGGGCGCCCCUAGCGGCCGCGGAGGGGAGAAGCCGCGGGGAGGCGGGCAGACCGAGAGAGCGCGGCUCUGCGCGUGCGCAAAGCGCCCGUCCUCCCCACAGCCCUGCAAGGGAGGCCGUGCGUCGGACGACGACGCUUCCUGAAGCACCAAGGAAAGGACGAAAAGGAAGCCUUGAUAAAUGGAAGUCCACGACUCUGCAGAAGCAGGAAGCCAAAUGUGUCUCUGCUUGUGGCGAAGGUCUCGUUCUUGAAACAAGGCUUGUACAAGAGGCCUGUGCACACACCCCCAUCAUGUUCUGGAAGUUUGAUUUGAACACCACGUCACAUGUGGACAAGCUACUGGACAAGGAGGGCGUGGCGUUGCAGGAGCUGAUGGAGGAGGAUGACCUUCUCCAGGAGUGCAAGGCCCAGAACCGCAAGCUGGUGGACUUCCUGUGCCAGCCGCCCUGCUUGGAGGAGCUGGUCAACCUCAUCACCCACGAGCCUCCGCUGGACAUGGAGGAGAAGGUCCGCUUCAGGUAUCCCAACACAGCCUGUGAGCUGCUGACGUCGGACUUGCCACAAAUCAAUGACCGGCUGGGAGGAGACGAAGGCCUGCUGAACCUCCUCUACGGCUUCCUGGAGCAGGAGCCUCCCUUGAACCCUUUGCUGGCCAGCUUCGUUAGCAAGACCAUCGGCAACCUCAUUGCCAGGAAGACGGAGCAGGUAAUUUCAUUUUUGAGGACGAAAACCCAGUUUAUCGACUUGGUGCUGAAGCACAUCGACACCUCAGCCAUGAUGGACCUUCUCCUCCGCCUCAUCAGCUGCGUGGAACCAGCCCAGUUGCGCCAGGAAGUGCUACACUGGCUGAACGAGGAGAAGGUCAUCCAGAGGCUUGUGGCGCUGAUCUGCCCCAACCAGGAUGAGGAGCGGCAGUCCAACGCCUCCCAGACCUUGUGCGAUCUCAUCCGGCUCAGCCGAGACCAGAGCAGCCAGCUCCAGGAGGCCGCUGAGCCCGAUCCUCUCCUUGCAGCCCUGGAGUCGCAGGAGUGCGUGGAGCAGCUUCUGAAGAACAUGUUUGACGGGGAGCGGACGGAGAGCUGCAUCGUGAACGGAACCCAGACUUUGCUGACGCUACUCGAGCCGAGGCGUGUCUGCAUGGAGGGGCUGACGGACUCCUUCUCUCAGGGAUUUGAACGGUCAUACACUGUCAAUAGCAGUAUCUUGCAAGGCAUUGAGCCGCGGCUGUACGAUUUCCACCAACUGCUGCUCCACCCUCCCAAGGCAGCCCCCAUUCUGACCACCAUUGGGGUCCUAGAGGAGCCUCUUGGGAAUGCCCGCCUCCACGGUGCCCGCCUGAUCGCUGCCCUGCUGCACACCAACACGCCCAGGAUCAAUCAGGAACUCUGCCGGCUGAACACCAUGGAUGUGCUGCUGGACCUGUUUUUCAAAUACACUUGGAACAACUUCUUGCACUUCCAGGUGGAACUGUGUAUUGCAGCCAUCCUGGCGCACUCCGUGAGUGAAAGCAAAGCGUCCGUGAGUGACGCUGAAAAUAAGGAUGGAACAAAUGGGAACGCAGUGUCUGAAAACUCUGAUACGCCAAACAGUGACAGCCCUGAGAACAUCAUGGUGACACAUCUGUUCCAAAAGUGCUGCCUGGUGCAGAGAAUUCUGGACGCCUGGGAGACAAACGACAGAAUACAAGCAGAAGGUGGAAUGAGGCGAGGCAACAUGGGCCACCUGACGCGAAUCGCCAACAGUGUCGUGCAGAAUAUGGAGAAGGGCCCCAUGCAGACCCACAUCUGUGAGUUCAUUAAAGGGCUCCCUGAGGAUUGCCAGGGGCGGUGGGAGAGCUUUGUGGAGGAGACCCUGACCGAGGCCAACCGAAGGAAUACCGUAGACUUGGUGAGCACCCACCACCUGCACUCCUCCAGCGAGGACGAGGACCCCGAGGCUGCCUUCCCCAACGAGCUCUCUCUCCAGCAGGCCUUCUCAGAGUAUCAGAUCCAGCAGAUGACGGCCAACUUUGUGGAUCAGUUUGGCUUCAACGAUGAAGAGUUUGCUGACCAUGAUGACAACAUCAACGCGCCUUUCGAUAGGAUUGCAGAGAUCAGCUUCACGGUGGACGCGGACGAUGACAGCCCCAACGCAUCCCUGUUUGAAGCCUGCUGCAGUGAACGAAUCCAGCAGUUUGAUGACAAUGGGGAGGAGGAAGAGGAGGAGGAAGAAGACAUCUGGGAAGAGAAAGAAGUUAGCUAUGCAGUGCAAGCCAAGUCCAGGACACGGUUCGGGGUCUCUCCCACUUUGGAGGGUUCGGCCAGGAGCAGCGUAGAAAACGGAGACCCCGAUGGCAGCGCGGACUCUGGGGAAGAGGAAGCCAGACCGGCCGCUGGGCCUCCUCCUGCUCUCCUUGCUGAGGACAGGGGCGGCCUGCCGGAGAGUGAGGGCACCGGCUCCUCUCCCGAAGGAUCUGGUUGGACAGCCGCAUUUGAACCCGUGAGCUCCUCGCCCCCUGCCUCCUGCGUGGCCAUGGACGUCGGAUCCAGCGUGUGGGAUUCGGCCACCGACGACCUGAAGGCUCCGGAAGAGAGAGGCUGGGCCAAGUUCACCGACUUCCAGCCCUUCUGCUGCUCGGAAGCCGGUCCCCGUUGCAGUUCGCCUGUGGACACCGAGGGGAGUGACUUGGAAGGAAAGGCCAGGCCAAGUCAAGAGAAGAACGCCAGCGCCACCUCCCCUUGCGUCUGGAACGUCUGUGUGGCACGGAAGGCGCCCCUGGUGGCCUCCGACAGCAGCUCCUCUGGUGGCUCGGAUAGUGAGGAGGAGGAGGAGGACAAAGCAACGGCGGUCACGGAAGCCCUCAGUGCCAAUUCGGGCCAGGAGACUGUCAGCUUGACGGUGGACACCAAGCACGAGAAGGCCGUGUUCACCAGCAGCGACCCCGUGGCUGGAGACGACAAGAGGACCAGUGCUCUGGAGAGUGAACCGGUGAAGAAGGCCUUGGAGAGCCGGACUGCCCAGCUGCGUGGAGAGCUCCCAGGGGCUGCUGUAGCCAUGGCUGUCUCCGAAGCCAAGAGGGACAGGAAAGAGGAGCUCCUCCCGGGGGCUGAAGCCCUUCUGAACGGCCCUGCUUGAGGAGGGAGGGGACCACCGGUGUGCCCUGACCCAGCCUGGACUGCCACCCUGGGAGGCAGGCUCCCCUCGUGACCGUGUUGUUUUUACUUCCAAUCGAUGCUGCAUUGAUGAGACAGCUGGCAAGGUGCCAAGCGCCAAGGUUGCCCCCCCAAUUCCCCACCAGAAGGUUCCUCCGCUGUUAUCGUGUCACAUCGGUCCGUUGUCACCCAUGGGGUGUCACCGUUGUUCUGCCUUCGCCCGUUCUGGUGGAAGCCUCCGGCCUGCCUUCCGUUGCAACUUCUGCCCCUUCCCGAGUCCCCUUGCGGUCUGGAGGCGCUCCUGUGGCCACACGUGCUCUGGCCUCCUGGUCUCGGUGGCUCUUUGAGGAACUAGGCAGUACCUGCCUGCGCGGGGGCGACUGAGCAAAGCCGAGCGGCCUGGGGACCUCGUCACCCUUUGCAUAGCAAUAAUGCCUUAUCACAGACAUUGGCUGGUGAGGUGGGAAGGGCAGGAGCCGUAGCAAGGCAGCCUGCAGGGUCAGCGGCAGGCCUUUCUUGCUGCCGGUGUCCAUGCCGCCCCCCCCCGGGUGCUGUUUCAGGGAAAAGGGUGCCGCCAGGAGCCUCUCCAUGGCCUGCCACUCCUCUGGAGCCAGGCCAGUAGCUGGCAUCCUAGGGGGAGGGGGGGAGCCGCCAUCACAAAAGGGGGAGGAAGGGGGUGGGUCUGGUUGGUCAGAUGGUCUCUGGGAGGCCUCAUAUAUUUUUCAAGUUGAGAGGGACUCUUUGUUUGAUAGGUGUUUUAUUUUGUAAAGUUUUUAAUGGAUGCAGAAUGGCAACACUUUGCACUUUGUAUCUGAUGCUGGCCUAGGAGGUGGUGGAGGCAAGGGCAUCAGCUGGGACUCCUGCAGUUUGUGAGGGGGAAGCAGCGCCUGCUGCCCCCUCCCCUCCUGGCCAGCUGGACAUCACCUUCGUGAGCCCCGGAACGGAGCCUUGCCCAAGGAGGGCAGCUGGAGAUGGAGCCGGGCUGGCAUCUCAGCCUUUGGCCUGGAGCGGCGAUGAGGAGGAGAACGCCGGCGGUUCCCUUGGGCCGCGGCUGCCAUUCUGCAGGAGCCAGAAGCCGCCUGCGAUGGAUGCAGCCGCCAAGCUGGGCUGCCGAACCCGGUGCUUCGGAAGAAGGACGUUCCUGGAGUGUCUUCUGGGUUGGAAGCAGGAGGCAGGAGAACGGGGACCUUCAGCGCCUGGCCCGGCUGUUUCCCCGGCACACCUACUUGCACCCCUUCGGUUGUUUUUUGAAAUACCUUCCUUGACGUUUCUGGCUGUUCCGUCUCUUGUUCUGUGUAUUAAAUUCAGCCUGAAUAGGGAGCUGGAAAGGCAAGGCGGUCCCCCCGCCGUCCCCAGGCCGCCGCCUUCUCGGCCUAUCUGUCCAACUGGCCUCUCCCAUCAGAUCCUCUGGGCCCUCCCUUUAUGGAAGAAGGAGUUUUGUUCCUCUCACUCCCUUCACGAAACGUCUGUCGGCAGCGGAGACGGGAGAAAAGACGGGAGCUAUGGGCCGCUUUUAAAAAGCUGAGACCAGCGGAGAGUCUCAGGGCCUUGAGGUUCAGAGGAAGCAAACAGGAGAGGGAGGGUCCUUUUCCCCAAGGGAGGGGUGGGGGGAGAUGGCCAGCGAGGGCCCUCCUUCACAUGGGGGCCACACAGGGCGACUGCUGGGCCACUGGGAGGACCUUGGGCCACGUACUUCUGCCGCGCCCAGGUAGCCACUUGUAUUGCAGCAGGGCGGUUGCUUGCUCUGUGGAAGCCUCUCUGUGGCACCACGGCUGGCAGGGAGGGGACUCCCAUCCACCCACCCGCCCACCCUGGGCACCCUGAAGGCUGCAGGAGGGUAGGAGCCUGUUUCAGAAGGAGGGUGGGGGGACGACCACUCCUCAGGAGGGACUCUGGUAACACAGAGAAAUG